GGGCGCAGAGGGAAGCGCCGGCGAAAAUGGCCCCGUUCUGCCUGCGCGCCGCGCGGCCCGACGACUGCGCCGACCUGCUGCGCCUCAUCAAGGAGCUUGCUAAAUAUGAAGAGAUGGAGGAUCAAGUGGUGCUGACUGAAAAAGAUCUGCUUGAGGACGGCUUUGGCGAACACCCUUUCUACCACUGUCUUGUUGCGGAAGUGCCAAAAGAACACCGCACUCCUGAAGGAUAUGGAAUUGUGGGCUUUGCAAUGUAUUACUUCACUUAUGACCCAUGGAUUGGAAAACUGUUGUAUCUUGAAGACUUCUUUGUGAUGAAUGAGUUCAGAGGUUUGGGCAUUGGUUCUGAAAUUCUAAAGAAACUGAGUCAGACAGCUGUCAAGUGCCGUUGCAGCAGCAUGCACUUCUUAGUGGCAGAGUGGAAUGAGCCUUCCAUCAGGUUCUACAAGAGACGUGGAGCUUCUGACCUGUCAUCUGAGGAAGGCUGGAGGCUCUUCAAAAUAGACAAGGAGUACUUGAUGAAGAUGGCAACUGAAGAGUGAGGGCUUUUGUCUGGCCAAUAACAAAUUCCGUCCAGUAAU